CUCGACGCAGCUCGACGAGCAAAGCAGGAAGGCUUAGGAGAGGCGUUGUUCUGGACUCUGGAGCUGGCAAGGGGAGCCUGCUGGGCCUGCCAGUGAAGCUCAAGCCUAAGAUUCAAAGCUCUUGUCAUUGAGCUCUUGCAUGAGGUUUAGAAUCCGAGCCUGAAGCUGCGGCCAGGGAAUCUGAUUUCUGGUCUUUCAAAUUGAGGAGCUUCGUGUCUAAGAUCGGUUCCCGUGCUGUCCAACCGCCAGGCCAGAUGUCAAUUGAAAUGCAAGGUGCAUGAUCUGGGCAGCGGUAAACAAGGGUUUGCAAAGGGAGGAUUUAAAACAAUCAGCGCCGUGUGAGGGCUCAUCCAGCAAAUCCAGCGUCAACAAUUGUCCUGUGUUUAGAUCAAUCAGCACAGCCUGUACAAAGCAAGAGAAUUCGCCCAACUAGAAACCUCUGCAUUUGUGUUUGCAAAUUAGUUCAACACAAUUGGACAAUUGGAUCAAGCCAGUUGCUGAUCAGGGUUCCAAGUGGCUGCGAUUUCCAAAUAGGAAGCUAGAGGAGCUUGCUGUGGACGCGCCAUGGCAGAUUCGCAGGAGUCGAUGAAAGAGCAGGUGCUCAAGCGCGAAAUACCAUGGGAAACAUACAUGACUGCCAAGAUGAUCCAGGGGACGGAUCUGAUGUUGUUGAGGCGCUACGAUCAUCGCGGCCCUGAGGUGCAAUCGCAGCUCCUAAACCAGGACGGAGCGGCAUACUUCAAGACUUUCCUGGCUGUCCUUAGGAACGUGUCUAAAGAAGAAACUACGGAGUAUGUCUUGACUCUCUUAGAUGAGGCCCUGCAAGCGGUACCCUCUCGAGCUGCACUGUUCCAUGACAAGACCCUGGCGGCAGAUGAUAUCUACGGCCCCUUUCUCAGGUGUCUCACUCGCAAGAACUGGUUCACUCAGGAAAGGGCCACUCGCAUCCUGACGCUCAUAAUCAGUUCGCGCCCCAGGGCGGGUGGCUCCGCACCCAACGGCACUUCUGCCAAUGGCGCCUCUACGUCAUCUGCAGCCACUGUCCCCUUCGACUCUUUGGACCCCAUCGUCAGCCCCUUUAUCGACUUCCUCUGCGCCCAGCUGAAGAGCCCCUCCCACCCCUCCCGUUCGGUCCCCACGGCGAUCAGCGCCCUCGCCGCUCUGCUGCGGGAGCGCUCGUACCGCCCGCUGCUCGUGAAGGCGGACGGUGUCAAGCUGCUCGCGCCACACAUCGUGCCGCCCUCCGGCCAACAACACGUGCAGCUGGUAUACGAGGCCGUCCUCGCGGUGUGGCUUCUGACCUUCCACGAGCCGGCGCAGGCCGCGAUCCGCGCCGCGCGCAUCAUCCCCAAGCUCAUCGACGUCGCCAAGAGCGGCGCCAAGGAGAAGGUCGUGCGGGUCGCUGUGCUCUCGCUCAAGAACCUCUUCGACAAGUUCGGCAGCGACAUGAUCGAGCACGGCCUUCUCAAGGUAGUGGUCAUUCUGCAGCUCCAGUCGUGGAGCGACGAGGACCUGAGCGCGGCACUGCAGGCCCUGGAGGAGUCUGCCAAGAGCAACAUCAAGAUCCUGAGCUCCUUUGACCAGUACAAGGCGGAGGUCCUCUCCGGCAACCUGGACUGGACGCCCAUGCACAAGGACGCCAGCUUCUGGCGGGAGAACAUCGGCAAGUUCGAGGAGAACGACUUCCAGACCCUGCGUGUGCUGAUCACGCUCCUGGAAUCAUCCAACGACUCGCGCACGCUCGCGGUCGCGUGCCACGACCUGGGCCAGUUCAUCCAGUACCACCCAGCGGGGCGGGGCGUCGCGCUGGACCUCAAGGCCAAGGAGAAGGUGAUGGGCCGCAUGACGCACCCGGACCCGGAAGUGCAGAAGCAGGCGCUGCUGUGCAUUCAGAAGCUGCUACUGAGCGCGAAGUAUACGAGCUAUCUCCAGACCUGAGGAAUAGGGGCUCGAGAUAUCGUGUUGGGAUCUUUAGAUUGCUCGAUGUGGAAAGUAUUCUUAUGCGUUCUGCACCACAGCAGAUGCAGUGAUGUACAGAGAGUGUAUGGAGGCGCCCUGAGUCCUCACUAAGCCCAUUGGAAUGAGCCCAUUGAAGUGUUCGACCAUAACGUUAGGCAGUCUGGUGCUUCAAUUCAGCGCUGCUGUUCCACUGACAACACGUCAC